GAACUUCGUCUAGAAGUUGUAAAUGUGACUCCAGAAGCUUAUAAAAAUAUAAUGGAAAAAUGUUGGGAUUCAGGUCCAUCAAAAAGGCCAGAUUCGUUGCAAUUGAUAGAAUUGAUAGAAGAAUGUGGAAUAUUUAAAUCAACCUCCUUGUAUUGUUACUUCAAAAUCUAUAUCACCAAUGG